AUGGAGAAGGAGUUUAUGGAGGCAAGGAAAGAGGCGGAUGAAGAGAUGGGUGCAUUGAAACAGAGGAUCCGGGCCUUGGAGAGAAGCAGGAAGGAACUGGUACAUGGGCAGACUGUGGUGCGGAAGAGGAUGGCGAGACUGGCAGCAGCAAAGCGAAAUUAUCAAAGGAAACUCACUGAACUUGUCAAGUCGAAGCCUUCUGUGUUCAACAUGGUGAAGAGGGGUGUUUAUACGAAGCAGGCCCGGUCGCUUGCUCGCUAUCUUGCAUCGACUGGAACAGCCGAAGCGAAGGUUGGGAAGACGAUAAAGAGGAUUGCAGAGGCGAUGGGCUUGCAGGUGGAUCGUGUUAUGAGCAAACACACGGUCCAGAGAAGCAUUCUUGAAGCUGGAGUCGCUGCAGACAUCCAAAUGGCAUUCGAAAUGGCAAAGGCUUGCAAACUAUGCUAUAGCUCAGAUUCAACCUCUCACAAGCAUAUUGAGUAUGAAUCGCGUUUUAUAGCGCUCCAAGUCGUCGAUUACGAACGCCCAGACCAGGAACCGCAAUGGGUGCUGCGCAGCCUCGGAAUUGGCACAUCCGUGGACCACAGGAGCGAAACACAAGUCCAAGGGCUUAAGGAACGGCUUGCCGACCUUGCAGACAUCUUCAACCGGAGCCCGCUCGCUAAACGCGAAGGAAUUCGAUUCAGCGCCGACAAUUUUGCAUACAAGUUGAUUGGUACGAGUGGGGACCAUGCGAACGACCAGAAGAAGAGCCACAAAGUCCUCCAUGAGUGGAGGAUGGACGUGCUGUGUUACCGGAUGGGUAAGGAGGCGUUGAUGAAGAUGGACCCAGUACUUUCAGCUGCAAUUCUGCUCCCUCUCAAAUGGCGUCAGCUUCAGACGAUUGGGCAAUCGGUUUGGGAGGCAAUGACAGAGGAGGAGAAGGGAGAGAAAGACGACGAAGUGAUUAGGGAGUUUGGGAAGGCCAUUUUCGAGAAUCUACCGACCAACGACCAAGCCAAGCUCUCGCGCUUUAUCCGAACUGGCUGCUGCAUGCACAAGGACCUUAAUUGCUUCAAAUGGGGCGAUAAAUCCAUGCAGGAGAUGUGGAAAGCGAAGGGACUCGUACCUCCAUGCCUACUUGCCAACAAAGAGAAUGUGUCGAUCCUUGAAGGUUGCGUGGGCGAAGAGCCAGUCACAGCAGACCAAAAGCGGGCCAUGGAUGCGUCGAAACGAGGGGGAAGCAAGACAGUGGAGCUGGGAGGAAUGAUUUGCAAAAAUAAAGACUCGAAGAAAGGUCAGCAAGAUACGUACCGGUUUUGGAUGGUUGAACACCUCGGCUUCGAACUUCCCUACCCCGAUGUCAGCAAUACACGAUACGGAAGCCAUGGUGCUGCUGCGGCGACUGUUUUAACCCAACUGCCAGCCUUCCGACAGUUCAUCAAUCACGUCCAUGAUACCAAAGACCGCCCCGGUUACACCAAUAUCGAGCAGAAUUUUGCUCGUGCUCUAGACGACAUUCCGACGAUCACAGAGAUUGCCGUCCUCGCACUAUACCAUGUGGCUGUUUCCCAGCCAUUCAUGCGUUAUGUUCGACAAGAGAAGAACCUUCUCAAACUCGAGCCAUUCUUCAACCGGAUGGACACGUUUCUGGCAUCGGUUGCGACUUCCCCCACAGUUUGGUCUACUCCGGGUCACCCUUACGGCUCUGUUUUCCUUGACAGCAACACCCCUGACACCUUCUCCGCUGAGGUUCUCAACGUCGUGCAUCAAUUAGCGCCCACUUUACCGCAUUUGGACGACUCAAUCUCCGCAUUUACGACAGGUGCCAGGGAGGCAUUUGUCGAGCGGUUUUCUGAUGAGUUCCGGGAGGGAAAUGGAAUUGACAGCCUUACCGAAGCUGAACGUGACGACCUAUUCUUUGCUUCAACAAACGAUGCCAACGAGGGAGCCCUAGGUUCGUGGAGAUUAGCACAGAGGCGCCGGGUGUCUGAAACUCUGCACAAGUUCAAUGCUUCCUUUACUGCAGAGUUGAACGGCACAGAGUUUUUUAUCGAACACAUGCUCACAGAAGAAGCAGACGAGAUUUAUCUCAGGAAGGAGGCGAGGCUACGAGAUGAGGAUGGAUUGCAACGGCAGUUGAAGGAGGCACAGGUGGAGGCAGACCGAAAGAAAGCAGAGGAAAAUCGAUUGAAGGUUGCGAGAAGGGAAGAGAAGGAAAAAGAAAAAGCUAAUGCUAUUCUCGCUACAGGACAGAACCUUAUUCUUGAUGACAGCGCCAUCGAGAAGCUCACAAACGACGGUCUUAAUCUACAAUUAGAUUAUCAUCGUGAUCUGGAGAAGAGCAUCACAUCUAUUCCAGAUACCGACCGAAUUCCCCUCAAAUCCCAUAUGAAGCUCAAGUCCGACCGAAUUCGCAAUCUCAAACUCGCUGUUUCUCGUUACAGGUCUCGCCAAACUAUCUCUCAGCCUCCAGUCGAGCCUCCAACUAUUCCCAGUGCAUCCGAAACUGGACCAGUCACCUCAGAACAUGAUUCCUCCUAUGAAUAUGAUUACUACGACGACUUUUAUACAUAG